CAAGUUUGUUUGCGGUGUGUUCAGUAUUUGUGCGAGAUUAUUCGGAUAACAGUGUCGUCGGUGGUUUAGUUUACUGUACAUAAUUAAAAAUCAAAAUGUUUGACACCCGACAAGUUACCGUGUAGUAUGUUCUUAUCUAGGUGACAUUAUUUGUCUCAGCAAAUUUUUCGGAUGCCACCCAAAAGUGAGCAAGCACACACCCAUCUAGAGCUCAAUGAGUAAUGAACCCAUUUUGGAGCAUGUCUACAAACGCUGGUCGUAAGAGAUCUGAUGGUGAAGAGCAGAGUGGUUCAGGGGAGCAGAGAGCUAGUCCAGCUCGUCCUCCGUUUGGUAAGAAGCAACUUCCCUCCAUCCCGAAGAAUGCCGUCCCCAUCACCAAAGCCGCAUCACCAGCCUCCUCUACGCAAUCUGCCAAUGGCACACAUGCCUCAUACGGCCCUUUCUACCUGGAGUACUCACUACUUGCUGAGUUCACAUUGGUGAUCAAGCAGAAGCUCCCUGGCAUCUAUGUACAGCCUUCAUACAGAUCAGCGCUGAUGUGGUUCGGUGUGAUUUUCAUUCGCCAUGGUUUGUACCAAGAUGGUGUGUUUAAGUUCACCGUCUACAUUCCUGAUAACUAUCCAGAUGGAGACUGUCCUAAAGUUGUGUUUGACACUCCAGUUUUCCACCCACUAGUUGACCCAGUCUCUGGUGAGCUUGAUGUGAGGAGAGCUUUCACCAAAUGGAGACGAAAUCACAAUCAUAUCUGGCAGGUGCUUAUGUACGCCCGCACAAUCUUCUAUAAGAUCAACACUAUGGAGCCACUCAACCCAGAGGCUGCUGUGCUGUAUGACAAAGACAUCCAGCUCUUCAAAAGCAAGGUGGUAGACAGUGUCAAGCUAUGCAAUAGUCACCUGUUUGAUCAGCCCAAGAUAGAUGAUCCUUAUGCAAUAAGCUUCUCCCCAUGGAAUCCAGCGGUGCAUGAAGAGGCGAAAGAAAAGAUGUUUGCACAUAAACGGCGGCCGGAGGAUUAUAACAAAGGCCUCCCGGUGUCUGGACUUUCCUGGGUGAAGCCUGGCUCCACUCAGCCUUUCAGCAAAGAGGACAACCCCCUUCAGACGUGAAAUUUCAGUGCUUCCGUCUGUCCACCAGAGGAGCGCUGUGCUACUGUGGCUGCACCGAACCACACAUAUAUCGAAGUCUGAUGCAGUUCUAUGAACUUCAUCUUCAUUCGCAAAACUCUCGCUCAGCUUUAAAGAAAACAAAUCAUUUUAAACUGCUAUAAUGGCUUAAGAUCCAUAGACCUGUUCCUGGUAUAGCCCAGAAGACCCCCUCUCGUUCAUUUCAAUGCUGAUGCUUGAACGCACCGAAGAUGAUUCUAGAAAGUACUGUUAAUUGCACAAGUUGAUGUAUUCAGGCACAACAAACCACCUCACUCCUGCGUGUAGGUCAUGCUUUUCUAAAUGAUCAAUUUGGUUUUCUAUCUAAUCGUUUUACAGAUUUAAUACGUUUUCCAUUUGGUUUUCCUUUCUCUACAUUCUUGGUUAAUAAUUGUAAUUUCAAACAAUCAAUCAUAAACUGGGACAGAACACCUUGAUUAUAGGUCAUUUAUAGCUUUGAGUUUUUUUUUGUAAUAACCUGUGUAUGAAAUGGUUUUUUAUGUAAAUUACAGAGCAAGGCAUAUACUAUUCAUUACGACACUAAGUUAAUCCUCAUUGUUUAGUAAUGUAAUUCACUUUUAUUGUGUCCUAAUGGUUUGAUCUAAAUGGGUUUGAUGUGUAAAUAGUGGAGCAGUUCGAUUAAAUCAAUGGCCUCUAUAGCAGAGUCCAUACAUCUCAUUUAUUUAUCUAGAAAUUAAUGAUUGUUUAAAUUUUAGACUUUUACAAUACCCCCCUUUUUUCUUUUUAAUGUUUAUUUUGGGCUGUCAGUGAGUAUACUGAUUUGAGCCCAGCUGUGUAAGUAAUGUAUUAUUAUUUUUUAAAAUCUGUUAAAAGCAAAUAAAUGCAUAAACGGUGAAA